GGCUCUUUCUCCACUGACCACAAUGAGAAAGAGAAUUUCAGGAGGCAUCAAAAGAAAUAAGAAACUUCGAUAAGGAGCCCGUGCCCUUUAUUGCCUCUGUUUCUUGCUAACCUUGCAACUAACUUUCUUGAGAACUCUUUCAUUUAUUUCUCUCCUGUAGCAGCCAAACUGAGUCACUCAGUUCUGAUUGGCCUACACGGCUCCUGUUUGCCCGCCUCUUUUACCUUAAGGGCAGGGCUUUUCAAAGAUUUAUGUGUUCGGCUGUGUUGCUGCAAAUUCCCCUUAAGGCAGUCUGCUCCUCACUUUCCUGUUCGUCUUCUUCUUUUUCCUGCCCUGGGACAUCCAUCCUGCUUACUGCUUCACAUCUGGAUCCCCACCUGUCAUGGAUCUUCUACCUUUGCUUUUUUACCUGUGCACAGUGCUGGUGCCACAGGGACGUGGAUUCAGUGUGGAUGUGGACACACCAACCAUCUUCCCGGUGCAAACUCAGAGCUUUGGGGCGAGCGUGGCACAAACAAGAAAUGCGGUGUUUGUUGGGGCUCCACUUGAGAAGGGAGACGUGAAUGAAGUGGGUAAAAUCUACCGGUGCGACGCCCGUACAGGCCGUUGUGAAAAAAUUAAUAUUCAACGACCAGUCGAUGCUGUCAAUAUGUCACUUGGUUUGUCAUUGGCUGCCCAUGAUUCUCAGGUCUUGGUUUGCGGGCCUACAGUCCACCGAGCCUGUGGGGAGAAUAUGUAUGUAAACGGCUACUGUUUCCUUCUGGACCAGAAUCUCCAACAGCUCCAACGCUUUCCAGAGACUUUGCCAGAAUGCACAACUCGCCCAACAGACAUUGUGUUCUUGAUCGAUGGCUCAGGUAGCAUUAACAAGGCAGACUUUGAAAGGAUGAAGCAGUUUGUUUCUGAGACCACCAAGAGGCUUUCUGGCAGAGAUACACGGUUUGCCCUCAUACAGUUCUCAGACAGAUACCUGGAACACUUUAAUUUCAACAGCGAAGACCCAGAGCAACUUGUUCUGCAUAUUCAUCAGGUUGGUGGAUGGACUGAAACAGCUACAGCCAUCAGAAGAGUUGUGCGGGAACUGUUCACCUCACAGAAAGGAUCUCGGAAUGGAGCCACCAGGAUUCUUAUUGUGAUAACAGACGGGGUGAAGACUGACAGACUUCAGUAUUCACAAGUAAUUCCAGAGGCUAAGCAAGCAGGGAUCAUCCGCUAUGCUAUUGGGGUGGGUGAUGCUUUUUCGAGCCCCGAUGCCAAGCGGGAACUGGACGACAUUGCCUCUGAGCCAAAGGCAGAACACAUCUUCACCGUGUACAAUUUCAAUGCUCUCAGAGGCAUCCAGGACCAGCUGAAGGAUAAGAUCUUUGCCAUUGAAGGCACACAGUCUCAGAGCACCAGUUCCUUCCAGAUGGAGAUGUCCCAGGAAGGAUUCAGUGCCUUGCUGACACCAGAAGGCCCUGUUGUAGGAGCUGUGGGAUCCUACGACUGGACUGGGGGAGUGAUUCUGUACCAGAACAGCAAUAGAAACCCAAGUUUUGUUAAUAUUUCUAGCGCUGCUAAGAGAAUGGACAAUGCGUACCUUGGCUAUUCGUCUCAGCCUGUCCAGCUCAAUGGGAAAAUUAGUUUUGUGGUGGGAGCUCCUCGCUAUGACUAUGUUGGCAAAGUGGUUCUGUUUGAGAAACACCCCAGACAUGGAGAAUGGCAACUGAAAGCAGAAGCUGUUGGAGAACAGGUUGGUUCCUAUUUUGGAGCGACUCUGUGCUCAGUGGACUUGGAUCAAGAUGCAAACACAGAUCUGGUUCUGGUUGGAGCCCCCAUGUACUAUGAUGGUCUCACUGGAGGAAGGGUCUACAUCUGUGAAUUAAUGGCAAAGGGGACAAAGGGGCAAUCGCUUCGUUGUAGCACAACUUUGAAAGGGCAGGUGGGACACAUUUUUAGUCGCUUUGGGGCCAGCAUGGCAGAAGCAGGUGACAUCACUGGUGAUGGAUGGACGGACGUGGCAAUUGGGGCACCCCUGGAAGGUGAAAACACUGGAGCUUUGUAUAUCUUUGCGGGGAAGCAGACGUCACUCAACCCCGAAUUCAUCCAGCGCAUUGGAGGGCUACGCUUUUCUGGAGGGCUCCUGUACUUCGGCCAAGCUGUCAGUGGAGGGACAGACCUUACAGGGGAUGGGCUGAAGGACAUCGCGGUGGGACGACAGGGACAGGUCCUGCUGCUCAGGUCCCGCCCUGUUCUGGAUAUGAGGGUCUCUAUUGAGUUCCAGCCCCCUUUGAUUCCCAUCUCCGACUUCAGGUGUCAGAGCCAAGAACCUGUGGAAAAGAUGGCCAGUGUGGCAAGAGCGUGCUUCACUGUUUCCAAAGCUACAAAGGAUAAACUAGAUGUUAUUUUUAGUGACCUUCAGUACAGCCUGGCCCUGGAUUCUGAGAAGACAAAGAAUUUAGCCUCCUUCAGCUCUAAGUCUCCUGUUUGGAAUGCAGGUUUCAAGAUUGGGCUUGAACAAAAAUGCAAGGAUCAUGUCAUCAAUUUGCCUAGCUGCAUUGAAGAUACCCUGACUCCCAUCACCUUGCGGCUCAAUUACAGCCUUACGGGGGACCCCAUUGAUCAAGCCCAGGGACUCCAGCCGAUCCUGAGCAAAGAGUCCCAGCAGAUCUACACUGCCCAACUCCCCUUUGAGAAGAACUGUGGCAGUGAUGGGAAAUGUGAAGAUGUUCUACAGACCUCAUUUACUUUCUCAGGCCUGAGCACUGUAAUUGUAGGCCUGACUCUUGAGCUCAAUGUAACAGCGUCUAUCCAGAACCAUGGAGAGGAUUCCUACAGCACCACACUCACCUUCUCCUACCCAGCAGGACUGUCGUACCGCAAGGUCACUUUGCUGAAGUCCAGCCAAAAUGUUGUGAGCGUGAAGUGCCACUCGGCUCCUGUCUCUGAAGAAGAACGUGCCAACAGGACGGCCACCUGCAACGUCAACCACCCAAUUUUCUGGAGCGGAGCAGAGGCUACCUUUGUUGCCACAUUUGAUGUCUCACAAGGUGCUUAUCUAGGAGACACUCUACGGAUCAUAGCUAAAGCCAACAGUGAAAAUGGAGGCAACAUCACCAAUCGUAUGAUUCACCAAGAAGACUUGCCUGUCAAAUAUGCAGUAUACAUUGUGGUCACCACCAUUGAGGAAUCAACCAAAUAUGUCAACUUCACGGCUGGCCAGGAAGACACAAGAAAGAGUGUGGAGCAUCGCUAUGAGGUGCGGAACCUCCGACAACGAAGCAUCCCCUUCUCAGUGACAUUUCAGAUCCCCGUAAAAUGGAAAGGCAUCCAGGUCUGGGAUGUGUCUCAAGUCAUCCCUUCUGAGCCUCAGAUCACCAAUUGUAUAUUGGAGAAUGAAACUGCAGGCUCCCAGGAUUUUCCAUCCAGGGAGGAUCACCCUGUUUUGGACUGCUCUGUUGCUUCCUGCAAGAUAAUCCGUUGUGAUAUUCAGAUGCUGGGGUUCCAGAAAACACCCCUGGAGUUCAGGAUCAAGGGGAACGUUAGUUUUCAGUGGACAUCUCAGAUCCAGCAGAAGAAAGUGACUUUGGUGAGCUUGGCAAAGAUUUCCUAUGAUGACAAAAAGUACUCACAAAAGGAAGGCUUUAUCCAGACCAAGGUGCAGACAGUGGUGGAGCGCAUAGAGCACUACAAUUUCCUUCCUGUGAUCAUCGGCAGCACAGUUGGUGGACUUGUCCUUCUUGCUCUGAUUGUGGCAGCCCUGUACAAGGUUGGAUUCUUCAAACGCCAGUAUAAGCACAUGCUGAGUGAGGCUGAGCCUGGCAACGAAGCCGCUGAAACUAUUGACCCCACUCCUCAAAGCACAGACUCCCCUCCUCCUGACACAGGCGCUGUCUACUAAGAACCUCUCACUAUGGAUUUGGAACUCUGUGACUUUCACAGGCUUAUUUGAAGAAUGUAAGAAAGAUGAGCCCAUUCAUUCAUGGGUGAUCACUCGUGGUCAAGUAUGAUUGUCUUCCAGAAGCAAAAUCUUGGCGAUGGGUCCGUAAAUGACUGUGAAGACCUAUUCUGGAUACACAUGGUCUUUCAAAUCAAGGACAUAGGUCUUCAGAUGGAAGAUGGUCACAACAAGGGUUUCCUUGUCAUGUCUUCCUCUCGGCACGUUUCUCCCUGUAUUCACACUUCUUCAAAGUUCAAAGCACUGUUGAUAACAACUUACCUCCAGUUACAAUGCUUGAAUGUCAGGGUUUCUGAGUUCUUGAUGUUUAUACCACAUUUUUAAGGUUAGCUUUCAGCCCAUCUUUAAAUUUCUUAAAUUUCUCCACUAACAUUCCGUUUUCUGUUCUUAAAUUGAGAAGAUGAGUCAAAGCAGGUCAAAACAAGGGGUUAUCGAGCCCAGCAUCCUGUUUCACACAAUGGCUAGCCAGAUGUGCCAGGAAAAAAUGCACAAUGGCCUUUCUCCAGUGUUGCUUUCCAGUAACUGAUAUGCAAAGAUAGACUAUUUCUGUGGAGGUGUCAUUUUGCUGUUUGGAUCUGCUGAGAAAUCCAAGAAUUUGAUCAUUGCCGAUGUGGAGAGAAACACUGUUUAAAGGACUGUGUAAAUCAGGAUAUGAGAUAUUACGAGGGUUGAAUGAAAAGUAAUGCCUCCACCUUUGUAACUCCUUAACAUGGCAGUACUGGUAUGCGGCCGGUACUGGCUUGUUCAGUAGACUCCUAUACUGUUCCAUUUGGCGGGAAGCCUUAGCAUUGAGCGGUUGUGUUGUUAAAGUGCAAAGUAUGGAACCCUGCGCAGACGGUUGGUCAAUGCGACUUAAGCAACGUGCAGUCAUUGAAUUCUUGACAGCAGAAGGUGUCACCCCAAAGGAGAUUCAUCAGAGAAUGCAAGCUGUUUAUGGUGAUUGUGUUGAUGUGAGUACUGUACGUCGUUGGGCGAGUAAGUUUAAAGAUGUUGAGGUGGGAACAUCUGACUUGUGUGGGUGUCCUGUGACAGCAACCAUCGAGUUUCACAAGUAAAAGGUUGACAGAUAGAUUCAGGACUAUCGUUGUAUCACUCAGAGAGAAAUUUCAAGCAUAAUCUGCAUUUCACAAGAACGUAUGGGUCACAUUAUUGCUUUGCUUGGCUAUCGGAAGAUCUGUGCACGAUGGGUACUGUGAGAAGCUGGUUGCGGAAACAGAGUGUCGACUUCUUCCAUGACAGCUUCAGAAAACUUGUUCAUCGUUGGCAGAAAUGUACCCAAUUGUCUGGUGAUUAUGUGGAAAAGGGAAUAGUGGUAGUUAAAGAGCACAUUCUAAGGAUUAUUUUUGUGUUUGAUUUAUUAAAAUAUUCCCAUCCAAACCCAAGUAAUGAAGGUGGAGGCAUUACUUUUCAUUCAACCCUCGUAGAUUAUCUGAAGCACAUGUUUUGCAAUACAAAGCUACAUCUUAUUUGGAGAGGUGGGGGUGAUGGGCAAGUGGACAGAUGACUUAAGUUGCAUUUCAGAAUGCUCUUGAUGAUAUUUAACUAAAGCUUGUCUUGAAAGAGACUUGGUCCAGGAUCAAGGCAGGGAGGAGAAGAAAGGAAUCUAUUUGCAGUUCUUCUCUGGGGCCAGCAUUUUAAUUCAGUAGAAUUUAACAAUGAGAAUUUAGGGCUCUGUGUGUAUGAGAGAGAGAUUGAGAGAGAAUCUCCACCAAAGAAAAUGGAAAUUUGUGACUUGGAUAAACUGUACAUAUUGACGUA